AUGAUCCGUGCUGGUGGGAUCGCAAAGAACAAGAAUACACACAUGAUGAAUUCAGCAUUCAACUUCUUCAUCCUACUCGCAGUGAUGCUUCAAACAGCCGUCAUCGUAUUCCCGUCAUCGGUAACCUCCUCGUCGGAUUCUACGAGACUGGAGCAGGAUCCUGACGAUCCGAGCGAGCUCGUGAAAGAAUGCUAUGCCAAGGCUCUCAUCGGGUUCAAGGAGUACGACACUGAGUAUGCAUCGGCACUGAUCAGCAGGGCCGUCCGACUGUCUCCUCAGGGAACGCAGAAGAUCGCAGGCUCGUUGAUGGAGGAGUGGGAGUCCUUGUUGAGCAGCGAGCCCAACGUCUUCGAGGCGAUGGGAAUGGCAGAGAGUCUGAUCGAACUCGCGAGGACUCUCAGCGAUGAGACUCUCAUGCUGCGCGUCGCUGAUAAGCUCCUCGCCCUCGAGCUCUUCCCAGAGGCUGAGCGCGUCCUCCAGGCUGCCGUCUUGAUCAACCCAAGCAGCGGCCUUGCUCAGUUCCAGCUGGGGCAGACGCUCUUCUACUUGCAGAGGCAUGAAGAGUCCCUGCAGUCUCUCACCAGGGCGCUGAGACUAGAGCCGAGGCUCAACAUUCACAAUCAGAUCGGCCUCGUGCUGUGGGAGCUCGAGAGGGACUGGGAGGCGCUGCAGUGCCAUGAGCUAGCGGAGAGGCUGAACCCUUCCUAUGCCGUCACUCGAGUGCUGGUCGAGCAGGGGAAGAUGCAGCUGCAGGCUCGCAUGCGACAGACAGCUGCCAAGUCGUUCUACUUGAGAUCACUAAGAGGGGAGGAGGAGGAGGAGGAGGAGCAUGGAGCUAUUCAUGGUCGAUGCUGUGUUGAGUGCGAGAGAGGAGAUGAUGGUGGUAUAGAGGGAACAAGGCGCGAGGGAGGAACCUGUGCUGGUUCUUCCUCCUCAGAAUUAUUUUUGGCAUCCGACGCCUCGGCACAGGGUUUGAGUGACCUGCAGCUGUUUAAGAGGGGAGACGAGUUGCUUGCCAGGCACGAGCUAGAUGAGGCGGUAGCAGACAGAGUACAGAAGGAGCUGAGAAGGGACUCACUUCCUCCUCUACAGGUCGUCUGCUUCACCCGACUCCUUCAGCUCUCUCCCUCCCUGGCUGUCGCGUACAAUCAGCUGGGAAUCGCCUGGUCGAGGAAGAGAGACUUCAUGCAGGCAUUGGAAGCCUUUUCGAAUGCUUCUAAGCUCGAGGACCUUUCUUUCGUUCGGAACAACGUUGGAGUUCUGCUUGCUAGGAUGGGUGAGCUCGAUAGAGCGGAAGAAAGCUUCGAGAGAGCAAAAGCUCUCGCGCCCUCCUAUAAGCAUGCCACACACAAUCUGAUGCUCCUGGAAUUCGCUAAGGAAAAAGCUGAAGAGCUUGUCCGAGACAUCAGAACCAAGCUGCAAGCUCUUUCUCUCGCCUUCCGCAGCCAGCAGCUGCCGAUUGUCCUGGCAGGGUACAGGAGGGAGGGAGACGGUCUUGGGUCGCACCUUGACAACAUUCGCGAGAAGCUGGAGGAGGAGAGGAGUAUUCUCAUAGAUGAGAUUGCGAGCAAUCAGUCAAGUCUUAUCAAGAGGACGUCCUUCGAGUACAGGAUCUACCUGACGCUCUUUGAAUCUGAUCGGCUUCCCUCAUCAUGGAAGACGAGAAUGAGCAAGUCGAGUUUCAGGGUUGAGAUCCUCAACAACCGAGCGAGUGAGGUCUGGACGGCAGACUCCUGGCAGAGAGAAAAUUUCUGGGCCUCUGGUGUUCACCUUCCUAUCAAGCUCUUCCCCCUCGGAACGAACGUGGACAGGAGAGGCGAGAAGUUCACGUUCACACUGAUAGCGAACUUGCAAGAGAGGAAAGGAGUGCUCGAGACAGUUGACGUGUUCCUCGACACUUUCUCCGACUCCUCCGACGUGCUGCUCCGCGUCCAUGCCAAGUGGCACGACGAGGAUGUCCUGCGCGGGCUGGAGGAGAGGAUGGAGAGGAUAGAGAAGAUGGAGCGUGACAAGGUCGAUCUUUCGCUCGGGCUGCUGGAGGAGGAGGAGUACGAACGCCUGUGGCUGCAGACAGACUGCAUUGUCGCUCUUUCAAAGGCGUACAAGGUUCGGCUGUCCGGAAGGGAGGGAGCUCGGUACGCCUUCACCCAAGAGAGCACGGGAGAGUUCUUGAGCAUAGACAAGCAGCAUGCGAGAGAGAAAACACCAUUGUCAUGGGGAGAGGCGACGAAGAAGUUCGAGGAUGAGUUGAACAAGAGCACCCUUGUGUUUGCAUCGUCUCUCCGCUCUCAUUGUGGAGUUUCGACCUACACACUCGACCUCUUCAGCGACCUGCCAGGUGUAGCGUUCGCCAGCUCGUGGCAAGAAGUCUUUGUCUUCUGCAGGCUCUUCUCUAUUGCACUCGUGCAUGUCCAGCACGAGCAUGGGAUCUUCCCGGUAGACAACGAGUUCCUGACCGUCAUCACAGAGGUCAAGGUCGCCUCCCUCCUCACUCUCAGUUCCUUAGCCCCCAAGUUCUUCCCCGUCGCCCUUGGCCACGUCCCGCAUCACGUGCCGGACGAGAUCGACUACGAGAGGACGGAGCUGACGCUGCUGGUAGUCCGAGCGACUUCCAUGAGCGCCUGA